ACAUAAUAGCUAGGGUUUGGGAUUCAGAAGCCUUCACGUUGAGAAGGAGGAUCCGUUGCUUCUCUACAAUGGCGGACAAGGCGCGGAAUCCGGAGCUCAUCAGGGGCGUCGGGAAGUACUCGCGCUCAAAGAUGUACCACAAGAGGGGUUUAUGGGCUAUCAAGGCCAAAAACGGCAGCGCAUUCCCCCGCCACGACAAGAAGCCAGUUGAGUCGCCGGCCGCCGAGAAGCCACCCAAGUUUUACCCCGCAGACGAUGUUAAGAAGCCCCUUAUGAACAAGCACAAGCCGAAACAAACUAAGCUCAGGUCCAGCAUUACUCCCGGUACUGUUCUGAUUAUCCUCUCCGGCCGGUUCAAGGGCAAGAGAGUUGUGUUCCUGAAGCAACUCCCUUCCGGAUUGCUCCUUGUUACCGGACCCUUCAAGAUCAAUGGAGUUCCUCUGAGGCGCGUGAAUCAGGCUUAUGUGAUCGCAACAUCCACAUUAGUCGACAUUUCUGGGGUCAAUGUUGAGAAGAUAGAUGACAAGUACUUUGCUAAGCAGGCCGAGAAGAAGAAGAAGAAGACUGAAGGAGAGUUCUUUGAGUCUGACAAAGAGGAGAAGAAUGUUAUACCUCAAGAGAAGAAAGAUGACCAGAAAGUUGUAGUUGCGCCAUUAAUCAAAGUUAUCGACUCUAUUCCAGAUUUGAAGGCUUAUUUGGGCGCAAGGUUCUCUCUGCAAGCAGGCAUGAAACCUCAUGAGCUUGUCUUUUAGAGGGAUACAAAUUUGAAGUUUUUAUUAUCAAAAUCCGAUUUUGCUCAUAUAGAACUUCAUUAUACUAGUUUGUAUUUGUUGAUUUUGUUCUUUUGUUGAUUGGCAUCAUAAAUCAGAAAAUGCAAUGUGAGAUUUUGUAUGUGAUUGACAUCCUAAAUCAGAUAUUGCAAUAUAGAAUUUUGUUCUGCAA